UGUGUGUCUGUGUAGCAUUUCUAACUCGCAGGCUUCAGACAGCGUCCUGGAAGCUGUGACCUCCAUGCUGAAGAAAUACCCCUUUGACUUCCGGGGAGCCAGGAUCCUGAGUGGAGAGGACGAAGGCUUGUUCGGGUGGGUCACCGCUAACUACCUCCUGGAGAACUUCGUCAAGUACGGCUGGAUCGGGCGCUGGAUCCGCCCCAAGAAGAGCACAGUGGGGGCCAUGGACCUGGGUGGGGCCUCCACCCAGAUCACCUUCGAGACCACGGGGGCCAUCGAGAGCCCCUCCAACCAGGUGACGCUGAAGCUGUACGGGCAGUACUACAAAGUCUACACACACAGCUUCCUCUGCUACGGCAUGAAUGAGAUCCUCAACCGGCUGACCUCCAAGAUUCUGAAGGCUAGCGCCUACGCCCUCCGACUGGACAACCCCUGCUGGCCACAGGGAUUCAAGCGCAGCUUCCCCAUGGAAAGCAUCUACGGGUCGCCCUGCACCCGCACCGAGAAGCCCUCCAACUAUUUCCCCAUGGCCAUGGUGAACAUGAGCGGCUCUGGAGACCCUGCCCAGUGCUUGGCACACGCAGAGAGCCUCUUCCGGUUCACGGACUGCCCUUAUUCCAGCUGCUCCUUUGACGGGGUCUUCCAGCCCCCCGUGCAGGGAAACUUUAUCGCCUUCUCUUCGUUUUUCUACACGGUGGAUUUCCUCCGGUCAGUGAUGGAGAGACAGGUAGCUACUCCAAAAGACCUCAAAGAAGGCGCGGAGGCUAUCUGUACCACCCCGUGGAGUGAGCUGCUCAGGAAGGAGCCAAAUCUGGAGCCCUUUUUGCAGAACUACUGCUCGAUGGCCACCUUCGUCUCGCUGCUGCUCACCCGGGGCUACUCCUUCAGCAACACCACCUUUCCCAGCAUAGCCUUCCAGCAGAAGGCUGGGGACACGACCAUCGGCUGGGCGCUGGGCUACAUGCUGAACCUCACCAACAUGAUCCCGGCGGAAGAGGCCAGCUUCCGGAAGAGCACCAGCUUCGGCCCCUGGGUUGGCCUCGUCCUCCUCUUCGUCGCCGUCCUCCUGGGCAGCUUGGUCAGCAUCUUCUGCCUGCUGAAGUCCUCCAAGGGCCGAGGGGCGGUGUAAGACCUCUCCUUUCCCGCCUUCCCUGGUCUUUCACUGGGAACUCCAGCCUUUUGCCAAACCUCAGGAAGGAAGAAAUCAAGACAAACGGAAGAGCCAAUUCUGCGCGGGGGGAGCAGACGGUGCCUCGCACGGAUCCUGGGCGUAUGCAGCCCCGCCCCCAAUUUCC